AUGCCAGAUUAUUUGGGAGGCGAUCAAAGGAAAAUCAAAGAUGUCAAAGAAGAGGAGGAUAAACCUAUCAGAUCUUUGGAUGAAGGAGACAUUGCCUUAUUGAAAACUUAUGGCCAGAGCACUUACUCCAGACAGAUUAAGCAAGUGGAAGAUGACAUCCAAAACCUGCUCAAGAAGAUCAAUGAACUAACCGGCAUUAAGGAAUCGGACACUGGCCUGGCUCCCCCUGCUCUAUGGGAUCUGGCUGCAGACAAACAGACUCUGCAGAGCGAGCAGCCUCUGCAGGUGGCAAGAUGCACAAAGAUCAUCAACGCGGACUCUGAAGACCCAAAGUACAUCAUCAAUGUGAAGCAGUUUGCCAAGUUUGUGGUGGACCUGAGUGACCAGGUGGCCCCCACUGACAUAGAGGAGGGUAUGAGAGUCGGUGUGGACAGAAACAAGUACCAGAUCCACAUUCCUCUGCCUCCCAAGAUUGACCCCACAGUCACUAUGAUGCAGGUGGAGGAGAAGCCUGAUGUGACCUACAGAGUGGGUGGAUGUAAAGAGCAGAUUGAGAAGCUCAGGGAGGUGGUGGACCCACUGCUCCAUCCCGAGAGGUUUGUCAACCUGGGUAUUGACCCCGAAGGGGUUCUGCUGUUCGGCCCACCCGGUACAGGUAAAACCCUGUGUGCCAGAGCCGUGGCCAACGCACAUGCCUGCUUCAUCAGGGUCAUCGGCUCAGAGCGCCAGAAAUACGUGGGAGAGGGUGCCAGAAUGGUGCGGGAGCUUUUCGAGAUGGCCAGAACCAAGAAGGCAUGCCUCAUCUUCUUCGACGAAAUUGACGCUAUUGGAGGGGCCCGUUUUGACGAYGGAGCCGGUGGGGACAAUGAGGUCCAGAGGACCAUGCUGGAGCUCAUCAACCAGCUGGACGGCUUCGACCCCAGGGGGAACAUCAAGGUCCUGAUGGCCACCAACCGGCCCGACACCCUGGACCCGGCCCUCAUGAGGCCCGGGCGACUGGACAGGAAGAUUGAGUUCAGCCUGCCAGACCUGGAGGGUCGUACUCACAUCUUCAAGAUCCAUGCCCGCUCCAUGAGCGUGGAGAGAGACAUCCGCUUCGAGCUGCUGGCUCGUCUCUGUCCCAACAGCACAGGUGCCGAGAUUCGYAGCGUGUGCACGGAGGCGGGUAUGUUCGCCAUCCGCGCCCGCCGGAAGAUCGCCACUGAGAAGGACUUCCUGGAGGCGGUCAACAAGGUCAUCAAGUCCUACGCCAAGUUCAGCGCCACCCCGAGAUACAUGACCUACAACUAAACAGCAGCGCCUGCAUCUGGGCUUGUUUCCCACGAGGCCAUGCUCAUUCUGUCAUUCAACAUUACCUACACAAUUAAAGUUUAUUCCAGUUUG